AUAAGGCAUGAAGGGGAAAUGUAUAAGACUCUGCUGAGCUACUAUGAAGCUCGCCAGAGAGAGCUCGUGCUGGAAAAUGCAGAGCUGAGAAAAGUGUUGCAGCAGAUAAAAAAAGACAUGGUGUCCAUUCUAAGUUCAAGAAAACCAGCCGUGAAAAGCGACAAACGUGAACACAGUGGCGUACAGGCCACAUCGGAGGAGGAAGAGGAAGAGGUGUUUGAUUCCAGUAAGGAAAGUGUAGAGCUUUAUUGCUUUCAUACCCCGGAGAAACUGACCAACAGUAUUCGUCUCCAGUGGGGAAGAUUUAAGAGCCACGUCGAAAGACUGGACAGCCAAGCAUCCUUGGUUCAGAUGGUGGAAAGCAAAAACACUGAUGCUGUUCCACAAGAGACUCAGGAGGAAGAGAUGGACAGACUAAAGCUGGAGAUCCAGCAGUGCAAAGACUUUAUUCCAACACAGCAGCAGCUCCUACAGCAGCAGCUAAGCUCUCCGUGUGAUGAGGAAACCGCAUCCCUGCUAAGCAAUUGCUACAUGCUUCAAGAGAAGGAGCACCUCAAGGAGGAGUGGAAGAUCUUUGAGAGGGAGAGGAAGAACUUUGCAGAGGCAGCCAACAGACUGAGCCACGAGAGGUGGGCCUUUGAGGAGGAUCGAGCAACAUGGCUCACAGACCGGUUUUUAAAAUUGAGUCCAUUUGCAGACUCAAAGAAAACCCCAUUGUUAAAAUCUGAAACAGAGGCAGCUGCGACGGUGGCUCCAGAAAAGCUCAUCAAAUGUCCUUCAGACACAGCCUCCCCCACACCCAGUGUGUCCCGCUCGCGUCAGCUUCCACCGCUGACCUGUAGCCCACGCUUUGCCUUAUCCCAGAAAACAGCUCAGUGCAACCAAAGACAAACGGGGAGCAUGCAGAGGAAUCGAUCAUCCAGUAGCGACACAAAUUAUCUGCAAAUUGUGAGCGAAGAGGAGAUCGAUGGGAACAGCCAUAGGAUGAUUUUGACAAACUCACGGACAAUGACUUUGCUCCGGAAGCAGCGUACAGCGUCUGACUCACCGUGUGCCAAAUGCACACAGAAACUCCCCACGCCCGCUGUCGGAGGUCACUUUCCAAACAAAGCCCUGCCAUCAGCAGGGACCUUGCCCUGGAUUCAGGGCCUGCCAUCAGCAGGGACCUUGCCCUGGAUUCAGGGCAUUAUCUGCAACAUCAACAACCCUUGCUUCCACAGCCAGACACCAGGGGAGACACCCGGCCAAGUUGGCAACUUUAACAACUCCAUGUAG